GCACAACAAAGUAGAGAAUCUGUAUGACUGCUUGGACUCCAAAAGUAGAGAGAGAAAGUAAAAAGCAGAGAGAGAAAGAGAGACAAAAAAGACGCAGAAAAUUAUAAAAACAGAAAAAAGAUAACAAGCUUUCAUCCAACACUCCCUCCACUACCAAACAACCAAACAACCAAACAUACAAAGAAGAAAGAAACUUUCUUGCUUUCCCAUUUCAUUCCCUUUCUCUUUCACUGCUAGAUCCGCUCCUUUGCGUGUUUCUGGUGAGAAAUUGGCUGUGGGGUCGAUGAAGAUUUCUGGGUCGUCGUUGGUUUCCGCUCUAAUGGCGUUUCUGCGAUGAUCAGAUUGUUGCUUUGUGAUAUAUGUUGGUUUUUGCAACUGGGUAUUUGCUCUAAAGUUUGAAGCUUUAGUGGGUUCUGUGAUACGAUGCAAUCGGAUGGGUCGGAAACAUUGAGCCCGACAACCCAACGGCUGCAGUCUUUGUCAGCCGCCGAUACCAGAGGGAAGCACAGGAUACAUGCCGAGUUGAAGCGGCUCGAGCAAGAAACUAGAUUCUUAGAGGAAGAACUGGAGCAACUUGAAAAGAUGGAAAACGCAUCAUCUGCGUGCAAGGAAAUACUGAAGGGUGCAGAAACAAAGCCGGAUCCAUUACUCCCAAUAACACACGGCCCUCUUAAUCCAUUCUGGGAUCGAUGGUUCGAAGGCCCCCAAGACUCGAAAGGUUGCAGGUGCUGGAUAUUGUGACGGUCUUUACCGAGUUCCAGGCUUCCAUCGUCUUUUGUUCACAGGCUUCAAUCGGGACGUUUCAAAGAUUUCCUUGUUACUGUUAUUCGCACGCAGGCUUCAAUUAGGACAGUUCAAAGAUUUCGUUACUACUGUUGUUCGCAAAUAUUUUACAUAACGUUACAUUGUGCAGAUGACAAUUUAUGGCACUACUUUGAUUUCGAGAGCCUUUAAUUUGAGGCAGA